CCCUGACCAGCGUGGUGAGAACAGCUAGCAGGAUCUACCCCAGAGCCAAAGUCAUCAUCUCGAGCCUUCUACCUCGCAGAGACGUGCCACAAAGGAUCAUCAACAACAUCAACGUGGAGAUAGCUAACAUCUGUGCCCCAAUACCGAAUGUCCACAUAGCCAACCAUUAGCAAAUCACACAUCAGCAUCUCUACGACCAUAUCCACAUCCACCGAGAGGGCAUGAGACUGUUUGCAAAAACCAUCAAGGCAUCGACCCUGAACAGCCCUCAGAAGACACAUCCGGACCGGGAGGAGAGAGCUGGGCAGCUUCCCGGCAGCUACGCCGCUGUAGCGGCACGACGAGACUCCAAAUCCUACACCCCUCCAAACUACAGAGAGCUGCGUAUCCCCUCAAUCAAACAGCCUAAUGUUAAAAACAGAAGAGAUUCAGGAGGAAUCAUAGUUUGGUUCAAAGACCAUCUGUGGCAGUAUAUUCAGCCUGUGAAAAAAGGAAAAACACACAUUUGGAUAAAACUUAAAAAAGAGAUUUUGUGUUUAGAUGAGGACCUGUACCUAUGUGCCACAUAUAUCCCCCCACGUGAGUCGCCUUAUUAUAAUGAAGACACCUUCUCAACUCUACAGACAGAGAUCAUAUACUUUCAGUCUCGAGGCCCAGUGCUGUUAAUGGGGGAUCUGAACGCUAGAACAGGGAGAGAAGCGGACUACAUUAGUUCAGAUGGAGAUAAAUAUAUUAACAGUUCACAUACGUACCAACAAAAACGUUUUACUAAAGCACGACAGAAUUAUGACAACACAGUAAACAGACACGGAAAACAGGUCCUGCAGCUCUGCAAAAGCCUGGGUCUAUACAUAGUUAACGGCAGAAUAAAGGGUGAUUCUCUGGGUCGACUCACCUACUGCUCCUGUCUGGGCAGCAGCACAGUAGAUUACGCCAUUACGGAUCUAGACCAAAGUAAAAUCAACUAUUUCACAGUGAUGCCACAGCUACCGUUAUCAGACGAGUCACAUAGUCCUCAGUCUGAACACGUCAGUGAAUCUUCUGCCAUCUUCAGAGCAGAAGGUCAAACUGUACCCCCUGCCCUCCAAAUUUAUAUGGAGUAAAGACAGUCCUGCCCAGUACGAAGCCGAGCUCCACAGCACUCACGUGGAGAACAUGAUAGACUCAUUUCUACUGACUUCAUUUGGUGAAGAGAAGAAAAUGAUCAAUUUAGCAACAGAACAAUUAACUUCAAUUUUCUCUACAGUAGUCAGAAAAGCCCUGAGAAAAAGAAAACAUUACAGAUGUAAAAAGGAAAUCGCUAAAGCUGGUUGGUUUGAUAAAGAAUGCCAAAAACUAAGAAAAGAAUUACGAUCAUUAUCAAAUAAAAAACACAGAGACCCUGCAAACCAACAAACACGAGCCACAUAUCAACAAACCCUUAAGAUAUACAAGUCACUGCUAAUACAGAAAAAGCUGAUCACAUGAAGAUAAAGCUCAACAAGAUCGAGGAGGCAGUCGAUCAAAAUUCUUUUUGGGAAUUAGGGAAUAACUUAGAUAAAUCCAGAAAAGCUAAACACAUUCCCAUCCACGACCCAAACAUCUGGACUGAACAUUUCGGAAAACUCUUUUCACAAAAUGAACCAACCAUUACCCAAAAACAUCUGACCUCUGAACUACACGACCUAGAAUUCACCAUUAAAGAGCAGCUAAACCAUCUAGACA